AUGUAUCUCUCGGCAUUCCUCUCUUUGGCGCUGGCUGCUGCUGGCAGCGUCGCCCUGCCGGCAACCUCUAGCACCUUUACCAAGACCAAGGUCUUUGAGAAGCCAGCCAAUGUGCCGAGCAGGUGGGCCAAGCAGGAUAAUGUCGUUGCGGGACUGAACAAGGGCAACACGACUCUGGAACUGCGCAUCCAGCUCACAUCUCAGAACAUGGACAAGUUUCACGAUGUGGCGCUCAACAUUGCCACUCCCGGUCAUGAACUGUACGGAAAGCAUCUUUCUCAGGCUGAGAUUGACGAGAUGAUUGCUCCCAAAGAUGAAUCGAAAUCGCUUGUCUUGGAUUGGCUCUCCCAAUCAGGGCUCGCCGACAAGUCUUCAGUUUCGUCCCGCGGUAACGCCGUUAUUGUAAAGGCGAGCAUCUCUGAGAUUGAGCAAUUGCUAGGAGCAGACUACAACUCAUAUACCAAUAGCGAGACUGGAGAACAGAUUGUUAGAACACUCGAGUACAGUCUUCCAGAGAGUCUCGAUGGUCAUGUCAAGCUGGUUCAGCCGACCAACUUCUUUGGCUUCAGGUCCUUCCUCAGCACCGACGAGGUUGAGCCCGAGGCGACAGCCAUUACGCCCGCAGUCUUGUCCACGCUGUACAACUUUGCAUCCAGCACGGACACGCAGAGCAACGGACGCAUGGGAAUUGCCGGGUUCCUGGAGCAGUGGCCGAGCAAGUCUGACCUGCAGACGUUCUUGAACAGACUGGCCAUCUUUGACAACACUGACGAGACGUACACUUGUGCGCUGAUCAACGGCGGCACCUGCCCGGCGAGCCCUGGAUCUUCGGUGGGUGUAGAGGCCAACCUGGAUGUGCAGUACGCUCGCGCCAUCACAAAGGACAUUCCCAACGUCUUUUACUCCACCGGCGGUCGCCCGCCGCACGAGGGAGGCGGCACCAACACCAACGAGCCCUACCUCGAGUUCCUCGAGUACCUGCAGGGCCUCGACGACGCGGACCUGCCCAACACCGUCUCCAUCUCGUACGGCGAUGACGAGAGCACCGUCCCGCUGAGCUACGCCGACACCGUCUGCGACCUGUUUUCGCAGAUUGGCGCUCGCGGUGUCUCCAUCACUGCUUCCUCGGGUGACUCUUCCGUCGGUACCACGUGCAAGACUGCUGAUGGAUCAGUCGGCUUCACUACCGCAUUCCCCGCCGCCUGCCCCUGGAUCACCUCGGUCGGUGGCACGUCGGGCACACCCGAGCAGGCAUGGACAUCUGGAGGCGCUGGCUUUAGCGAAAUCUUUGGCCAGCCCUCUUACCAGUCCGCGGCCGUCGAGGCGUGGCUUUCCUCCAACGACGACAACGUUGACAAGUACUUCAACGCCUCGGGCCGCGCAUACCCCGACGUCGCGGCUCAGGCUACUGCCGUUCGGAUUGUGGUAUCUGGAUCCACCACUUCGGUUUCGGGCACGAGCUGCUCUUCGCCCAUCUUUGCAAGCAUCAUCCAGCUCAUCAACUCUGCUCGUCUGGCAGAUGGCAAGGCGGCUUUGGGCUUCCUGAACCCCUGGCUCUACAGCAACGCUUCUUCUGCAUUCAAUGACAUUGCCAGCGGAUCGACAACCGGUUGCCGAGGAGUCAUCACGGGCGGCGCUGGGUUCUCUGCUGCAUCUGGCUGGGAUCCAGCUACCGGCUGGGGAACUCCAAACUUUGCCAAGCUCAAGGCCAUCUCGGAUUCUACAUAG